AUGUCAAACCCGGUAUUUUCCCCAUUCGUCAUGGAUGGGCUUUCCCGAAAACAAGUGACUCGGAGAAGAGAGCCAAUGGUGGCGAUGCCGAAGAAAGUGCUUCGACCGGGAGAUGUGGCGCAUGUUGAGGAGAUUCAUCACACUCCAUCAGCUUAUCCAAAUCAUCCGGGAAGGACGAUGGUGGUGAAAAGAUUAGUGGUCGUGCCCUCACAUAAAGAUGAUCGAUCAGCCGCGCCGAGGAGACCAAAAAUCGCCGUUGGAAACGGGACCGCACUUGGGGAAAAGCCACCUCGUCCCGAUCUACCACUCACAAAAAUGAUCAAUCUUUUGCCUGCGCCGAUUACAAAACGGAAAUAUUUCAACGACGAUGAGUUAAGCGCGCAAUAUGUGGUUGGAGGAGUUGACGAGAUUCACGAUGUCGUUCAACAAGAAGAGGUGAGCGCCGAAGAGCUGUCCGACGCGCAACACCAAGGCCCGUCCACUAGCUAUAUCGACGUGCUGGCAGAUGGCUCAUUUUCUGAUUUCGCAAGCGGAAACGGGCAUUUGGACGGUGGAUCGCAUUCUCUAUCUUCUCAUCCACAUCACUCACACGAUGACCGCGUUGUGCCACUCUCGCAAAGGAGUCGUGCCCAGCCAACACAGGUCCGACAACUCCAAUCCGAGAAUCUCUACUUAAAAGAUCAACUCGACAUGGCCACUUUCAAAAACAAACAACUGGAGAUGCUGUUGUUGGAUCGGAAUGCGCGGAUUCGGGACUUGUUGAAGGAAAACUUGCAAACGAGUGUGAAAUUGAGAAAACUGAUGAGUCGAAUCGGCGAGGAGACGGCUGAGCAAUUGCUAGCACCAACGCCGAUGCAACCACGCAAUAAACGGCCACGAAUCAUUGAAACGGUUGAGAAAAACGUGAAAAUUGAU